AUGAGCAGGAAAGUGUGGUUCAUCACUGGCGCUUCCUCAGGUAUCGGACGCGCAAUCACCGAGCAUGUCUUGUCCAGAGGCGAUAUCGUCGUCGCGACAAUGCGCAAACCGUCCGCCAUCGCUGACCUCGCCGCCACCUACGGCAACGACGUCCUGCUCCCUGUCGAGCUGGACGUUACGAACUACGCGCAGGCGGGCGCCGCCUUCGACCUCGCGAAAGAGGCAUUCGGGCGGAUCGACGUCGUCGUCAACAAUGCCGGAUACGGUAUCUGUGGCGAGUUCGAGGCGAUACCGGAGGAAGAUGCUCGCAAGCUCUUCGACGUGAACUACUGGGCGCCGGCCAACAUCACCCGCCAGGCAAUUCGAUUCUUCCGCGAGGUGAACCCCGCCGGCGCGGGCGGCACAAUCCUUCAGGUUACAUCUGGGGCAGGUUUUGUUAGCGUGCCAACCUAUUCCCAGUACUCAGCCAGUAAGCAUGCUCUCGAGGGACUCACCGAAGGAAUAGCCGGGGAGUUGGAUCCUGCCUGGAACAUAAAGUUGUGUCUCGUCGAGCCCGGUCAAUUCGAUACCAACGGUCCAAACGUGACCCUCGUCCUACCUGUGCACCCCGCAUACGCGGCGAACAGGUCAUUACCCUCACAUUCCAUGAGGACCGACACCCUUGGUGUGCGAUUCAAGGGCGACGCUGCAAAACUUGCAAGGGCGGUUUAUGACGUCGUUUUGUCGGGAGACAUCCCGCCACGCUUGCCAUUAGGCUUGGACUGUGUGCGUCUGCUGAAGACUAAGGCGAAAACGCUUCAAGAGACUGCCGAGAGUACGGAGAAGUGGUCGGCUGACAUGCUGCGUGAAGGUGUUUCAGGCUUCACAGAGGAGGACGCUGUUUAUCAGAGUGUGCUGACGACGACACAUUAA